AUGCGCUCUGAUCAACCUCGAACCGCUGCUUCUGAUGAAUCCCAAGGGAGACUGGCGUCUGAACGGACGCCCCUCCUUGGGGAUCAGACACCGAAUGAGCCCGUGCCUCCGGGGGACUCGGAUGUUCCCUUGGCUGAGGAACCUAGCUCGAAAGAGCUCAUUUUGGUCUUGGGAAGUAUCUGGGUAGGAGUCUUUUUGGCUGCUUUAGAUACUACGAUUGUCGCUACUCUCACCGCGCCCAUCUCGUCUUCCUUCCAUUCCUUCUCCCUGCUUUCCUGGCUCGCCACUUCUUACCUGAUCUCCAAUGCCGCCUUCCAACCACUGAGUGGGCGCCUAACCGACAUUUUCUCACGACGAACCGGGCUGAUCUUUUCAAACAUCUUCUUUGCCGCCGGCAAUAUGAUAUGCGGUCUGGCCAAGAGUGAGGGCACCAUUGUACUGGGGCGUGUCAUCGCGGGUAUCGGAGGCGGCGGUCUCACGGCGAUAUCAACUUUCGUCACCUCCGACCUCGUCCCACUGCGAAAACGCGGGGUUUGGCAGGGCAUUGGCAAUAUCUGCUAUGGAGCCGGAAGUGGACUGGGUGGUGUGUUUGGCGGAUGGAUCAAUGACACUUUGGGAUGGAGAUGGGCCUUUCUCCUCCAGGUCCCCCUGGUCGUGGUGUCCGGCAUUUUAGUAGCUGUCACCGUUCGAGUGCCGGUGAAGACAACCGAAAGUGCCAAAUUAAAACGAGUGGAUUUCCUUGGAGCCCUCACUCUGGUCAUCAGUCUUGUCCUGCUUCUGCUCGGACUUAAUACAGGCGGCAACCAAGUAUCCUGGACGCACCCUCUUAUCCUCACCUCGUUGCCGCUCUCCGCAGUCUUCAUUGGCCUCUUCAUUUACAUCGAAGCCAACAUAGCGUCGGAGCCAGUCAUUCCUGUCCGUCUGCUUUUGGAUCGGACGGUGUUCUCCGCUUGCCUAACGAACUGGUUUAGCACGAUGGCAGUCUUUGGGCUCCUGUUCUAUCUGCCAUUGUUCUUCCAGGUCCAGGGCUUGUCGGCCACGGCUGCAGGGGUGCGGUUAAUCCCCCAGGCCAUUGGAACCUCCCUCGGAUCACUGGGAUCGGGGAUCCUGAUGCGGUCGACCGGACAGUACAAGAUUCUCAGCCAUGUGUCUAUGUCUCUGAUGGUUCUCUCCGGCAUUUUGAUUUGCACGCUGUCCCUCACGACGCCAUCGUGGUUGCCAUUCAUCUACUUCUUCCUGAUGGGCACUGCCUAUGGCAGUAUGUUGACGAUCACGCUGGUGGCCCUUAUCUCUGCUGUAGACCACGAGCACCACGCGGUCAUCACAUCCGCGUCCUACGCCUUUCGCAGUACCGGAAGCACCAUUGGCAUCACGGUGGCCUCGGCAGUCUUUCAGAAUAUCCUCAAGUCCGGUCUUUGGUCUCGGUUCGGAGCUCGCGAGCACGCUGGCGAGCUGAUUGGACGGAUCCGAGAUAGCCUGGAGGAAAUUCGCCAUCUUCCCACCGACUGGAUCCCGGGGGUGCUGGAUGCGUACAUGGACUCCUUGCGCGCCGUGUUUGUUACGCUGCUAGGGCUGAGCGUGCUGGGCGCGAUUGUCAGUAUGGGGAUGCGCGAACACAAACUGCACUCGAACCUGGCACGGAGGGAUGAGUAG